GCGGCUCGCAUGCAGACUAAAAACAUGACUGAUCUCACAACGACUUUUGGACAAACUGAUCCUUCCUUCAUUCUCCUUGUUUUGUAUGCCAUGUUCUAGUGCUGUACUGAUGUCGGAUCAGUCUAACACCUAUGCUAUGUUCAAAUCUCUUUUGGAAUCUAUCUUGAGCUCAAGUGUUUCUCGCUUCUUCGAUCAACAUAACUAUCAUGGCUGUACCUUGACAGGAAGAGAAGUGGAGAGCUACCGGGCCGGAUAUCCACGGUUUGCAGCGCUUGUUGGCGCCCACCACUCGUUCCAGAUGUAUCGCCGCUUUGCCCGCUUACGCACUCGCGUCUUGCUUCUAAAGCAGGAUAGAUUAUCGAUGCUAGAGCAGCAGUUGGAUAGCGUUGAUGAAUCAGAGCGGUCUCCUCUUUUUUUGGGAAGUAGCCGAGACGAUCAGAACCAGAAGCGUACUGCUUUGCUUCUGGAGGUAGAUGCAGCGCUAGCAGAUUAUGACGAUUUUGUGGAGAGAAGCUCCCGGAUGUUAAGCGGUGAGUCGGCAAAGAGGCGCGACGUACGCAGCUUGCAGAACUGGAUCGAGGGAAAUGGUUGUUUGAGCUGGGAAGAGUCAGAUUUCUUGGCUCAUUGCAACGAUUUGCGUCGAUUGGUGCCUACGGAAGAUGAUGCAACAGCGCGAUUCGAAGGUUGGGUGGAAGAUCGUCUAGGAUGGAUGGUGCAAAAACUUCAGAAGCGUAGUGCAUACCCUAGGCUCUCCAGUGAUCCGAAAGUGUUCAUCUCCACCACCGCCUUUGUAGGAAGCGUAGCACGCGUCCUGGUAGUAUUCCUUAUAAUUGUUUUUUUAUCACUGCCAAUCAUCGUAUGUCGCUCGAUAGAAAGCUCAUCAGCCCGACUGGGUGUGAUUGUGUUCUCGCUUAUCGUCUUCCUCCUUGUGCUAGCAGGCGUUGUCACCAAGAGAACAAAUGAGCUUUUUUUAGCAGGAGCUACUUAUACCACCGUCUUAGUGGUGUUCGUGUCGAGCUCAGAUAUAAGCGCGAGUGGUGUUGGAGGAUAG